AUGAACAAGGCCGAGAGAGAGACUCGCGACCAGAUGGCCGUCGAGUCUUUCUCUCAGCUUCCGCUCAUCCGCCCGCUGCCUGCUCGAGAAAGGCCAACCACCACCGAGUCCGGAGCCAUCAGGCUCUUCGGCAAAGAGUUUGGUGGCCCCACAGCCGACAAAAAAUCGGCUCAACCGAGCAAAUUAGACCUAAACAACAAUAAAAGCACAGACAUUACAAUUAGCAACCGGAAAUUCGAGUGUCACUAUUGCUACCGCAACUUCCCCACCUCACAAGCCCUCGGCGGCCACCAGAACGCCCACAAGAGGGAGCGCCACCACGCCAAGCGGGCCCACCAUUAUAACCAUUUGGGUUUCUCUACUCUUCCAAUGGGCUACACCGCAGGCCCGGCUCACGGAGGUAUCAAUGGCAGGCCUAUGCCCGCGUGGCGGUUCCCGACGACUCAUGGCUCGUCGGUUAGGGUGAGGCAACCAAAAAACCUGGAAAUUAUUAAUUCAUUUUUUAAUAAUAUAGAAAACGACAAUCGAUAUCGCAUGGUUAGGUUGCCUGUGGCGGCAAGUGGCGGCCGAUUAGGGUACGAGUUGACUAUGAGCUUGCAGGAUCAUGUGAGUUUGGAUCUACGGCUUUAG